AUAAUCGAAUUUCCUUAAAAUUAUGAAUGAAACCCUCAAAAUUAAAUGGAAAAUAACAUCUUAAAUAAUAGUUCUAUGAUCGUUCCAGAAAAAACAUAAGCUUUAGUCAUGUUAACGUGUUAAUAUAUGAAAAAAUAUGUGUUCUGCACACUCGCUUAGCAAAAUAAAAAUACAUGUGUUUUAUGAAAUACUCAUUUUGAUAUUGUUAUAUUAGGUGUUAGAUUGUUACCGAAUUUAGUCUUCCGUGUAGUUUCACAUAUCGUUGGCUAGUUGUCUUAUCAAAUAGUUGUGUAAAGGUUGUGCUAUAUAAAAUUGAAGAAAUAACACUUACGUUGAAAGAAUACAUCAUGAGGUACAAGAGACGCACCUCCCAAGCGACGAGGGGAUCACGGCACUCCGACAAGAAGUACACCAUCCAACUGGACUUGGAUUACCUGGAGAGGGGGGGCGCAGGCACCCUGACGGUUGGGGGGGCUCCCAGCGUGGAGCCAAGUCCCGACAGCCUCGACCUCAUCAAAGUGGUGCUCUUGGGCGCCCCAGCCGUGGGCAAGACUAGUAUUAUACAGCAAUUCGUGUGGAGCGAUUUCUCAGAAGAUUACCUGCCGACUGACAGAAAGCACACCUUCUACCCUUCGGUGAUCAUCAACGAGCACCUGUACGAAGUGAAGAUCACUGAUGUACCUGUCAUUCCUUACUUCCCCAUCAACUCCUACUAUGAAUGGGCUCACUACCGCUUUUAUGGUCUUCGGAAUGCCACAGCAUACAUCCUUGUCUUUGACUUAUCGAAUGUGGAGACUUUCCAGUACAUCAGAACGCUGCGAGACCAGAUGGUAGAGAGCAGGGACAUGAGAAACGUGCCUGUUCUGGUUGUGGGUAACAAGCAGGAUUUGCUGUGCAGUAACACUCCUUCUGCUGCCAGCGGUCUGCAGCAGCUAGCAAUCGCUGAAAGCGCUUGUGGUGACUCCAGGGAGAAGCGUCGUAACAUCGUCAAUCUGGUUCGAAAGCACUGGAAGUGCGGCUACGUGGAGUGUUCUGCCAAAUACAAUUGGAGGGUUAUAGCAGUUUUCAAAGAACUUAUGGAGAUGAUAGAUGCCUUGGAGUGGAGUGGUGGGGGGAGGAAUGCAGAGCCUCCUCCAGACUCCUCGACCGGUGGUGGGGCGGGGUCUCAUGAGAACCGUUGCGUGGUUGCUUAGCACUAGUUUCUAGAACUUUUGCAAAAUACUGAGUUUUCUUUGUGUACCCUUAAAAUGAUGGUGUGGACAAAAAUAUAAGCGUUACAUUCGAUAAUGUAUUGAACAAUGUUAGAUGGAUAUUAAGACCAUUGGAAAGCAGUAUCAAAAAGUGAAAAUUGUAGGAAUUCCAUAAUAACUGUUCUUAUAGAAAUAUCUUAUCGAACAAGCGUAUAAUGGACUGAUACACUUUUUGAUGUUUUGGAUAAUAAGUGAAGAUAGAUUAAAGUUUUGGUAAAUGUUGCAAAUUAUAAAUGAAAAUUUUGUGGAACGUUCAAUAUUAUGAAAACUUUCGCGUAUUAUGAAAAUUAUUUUUUUGAUCACUACAUUACAUUUUACAGAUUUAUUAAAAGUAUCACGCACUUCUAAAUAAGUCAGGUAUGAAACCGUAAUAAAAGAUUUUUGUGUAAUGUAAUUUUGUCUGCAAUUGUAUGAAAUAAGUUUGUAAUGUAAAUUUUUGGUUGCCAUUUUAGUAAAAUGAAAUAUUUUAGUAAAAAAAUUAAUCUUGCCAAAAAAGUUUCAUCUACUCAAUUAUUUUAAGACUUCGUAUUGCUUAUGAAUAUAAGUACAAUGUACAUUUUCAAAGUCAUUUACUUCUAACAAUAUUCUAAGCUUUAAAUUUUAACCAUUUGGAAGGAUUUAUUCUUUUCCAGGGUAAUUUUACACUUUUCUACUAUAAAUUAAGUUUUCAACUCUUCUCUUUUAUAGAUUAGGUGAAUAGUAUGUUUCCAAAACGAUCUUCUAAACUGAAAAUACCUAUAAAUAAUUUGGGUUCUAAUGUGAAAAAAAUAAUUAUGUGAAAAUUGCCAAAUAUCUUUUACAAAACUAAAUCUUUUCCUUAAGUUAUUAAGUAAAAUACACAUAAUAUUGUAAAAAUAAUACUAAUGUUAGUGAAUAUAAACCCCAAAUUUUCUAAUUAAUCUUGGGUAGGUAUAAAAAAAUAUCUAAUGAGAUGCCAUAGACUUGCUCGAAAUUAAACUUUGUAUCGAGUCACAUAGAUCAAUAUUAUAGAAAAUCGAUAAAUCUAUAGUAAUAAUUACUUACUCUGUGUUGUGCUUCUUCUAUGAGCUUCCUCUAUUAAAUGUAAAUAUAGUUUAAAACUUUUCAUUUAUAAAAAUAGCAUCAGCUAUGAUUCUUAUAGUUUGUUGCUUAGAUAUAGCUUAGAAAGUGAUGUUAAAUAUUUUGAACCCUCUUUUAUGCAGUUGGGUAAAUGAGAGAAGUGUAUUUAAGUUAUCUUGUAAAAAUAAUAUUGUGUUGUUAUAGUAACAAUAGGUAGAUAUAGUUGUAAAGUAAGUAACCUACUACGGUAUCGGAAAUUUUUAGCUGAAUUUAGCUUGCAGGCCAAGACAUAAAAUAGAUAGGAGCAGAAGACAAUCUUCAUACAAAUUACGUUCAGAUAACGCACACAUAGACAAAAUUCACGGACACGAUGCGUCCGAAAUGUCGCAGACCAUUCUAAACCACCACAAGCGCGAAUGCCGCCCGCUUGAGACACACGUCAGUGUGCGUAACCUAAGCAAAAUGAAGAUAUAAUACGAGUAUUGGUAUUUGAUACAGGUGAUUGUCAUCUGUUACUAUCUUUUUUGAGCCAAAAUAAUAACGCUAUAAUUCAACUGUAAACAUGUAUUCUGUGUAUAGUUCUUGCAACUCACGAAGGCAAGUGAGCUUUACUUGUGUGUGUACGUGUACAUGCACAUAACGAUAGUGUAAUGCCUAUCAAAACUUUUGAAAAACUAACAGUAGCGAGCCACCACACAUGUAAAGCUCACUCGCCUUCGUGAAUUGCAACAACUAUAAGCCUAGGCGCAGACCAUCGAUUUUUCGUCGGCCGAUAGUUUAGUCGGGCAGUUGAUCAGUAUGGGCAUAGAUGGAAGUGCACACAUUACACCGAUUUGAUUUGGCCGAUUCUUCAUACAAUUAAAAAUCAGGCACAACUAUCGGCCAACUAAAAAUCGGUGGUCUGCGUCUAGUCUAAUAGAAAAACAGCAGUCUAUUUUCAUCAGUAAUUUGUAAAUAUAACAACUAAAUAAUUUUCAAUAUUAAAAUGAAAGAAUUUUACUUAACAGCGCUUUAUUAUUUGUAUGUAGACGUGUAGAGUUAAGGCAGCGCUGCAGCCGCUGUGUCGUAAAGGACUCUGGUUGUUGUCAUCGUUGUAAUUAAAUUAUUAAAUUAUCUUUUAAGUAAUUAGUGUGGCCAAAAGUGUACAUUUUGCAGUGUCGCACUGUAUUUAAGACGGUCUUGAUAACAAUUGUUAUACAAAGGUUACACGGUGCAAUAAAAC